AUGAAUAACAAUCUCUGUGUCUUUGCCCGUGAUGGGCAGGUCUAUACAUCCCUCACCGCACAUUCGCUUCCCGAUGCCAUUCCUUACGAGUCAUGUUGGGAUCCUCACGAAGACUAUGACACUUCUCCUGAUGAUAGCGAUACACCACUUACCACUUGCUGGGCAUACGGAGCUCGUCUGUGGUUUCCCCUCAUACCUUUGAAUCCUAGCUUCGAUGGGCCAAUCUUUGGAUGCCUCAAUCACUCUAGGUUUUCGCUCCAUACAGAGGUAGACAAUCAGGGAAAACAUGUUCUCCACCGCGACAUUCGGGGAAAAUGGGCUGACUUAGAGCAGAAAUUGCUCUGGUGCCAGGAACGUUUAGGUGCGGGAUUGCUCAUUCCAUGGGGGACUAAACUUCCACGCGCUCCGACUACCUAUGGGUAUCAACGGUCGCAUGCAGAUGCCAACCUUGCUAAAAAGGUCGCAAUAAGGUCGCGUAAUGCAUUUCUAUUAAUUGCCACCACCUGCUCAUGGCACAUCAUGAGUCAUCAUCACCAUGGCUCCAAUCGCGCCUGGAUGGCCAUCUUAACAGAUGAUCCCCAUCAUCCUAUACCCGCUGAAUGGGUUCUUGAGCUGUCACGCUCAUUCCAAGCUCAAUUGCCCAUGUUUGAGAAAUUCUCGAUCCCGAUUUGGGUCUGCUUUCCCCAGAAUGUUUCUGCCGCUGUCAAUUCCAGUCUGUGUCACUAUAUCCCAUCUGCGGCAGCUAUCACUCGUGCGACCGAGCAGUGGGACCAAAAACAUGACAAUGCUUGGGGUCAACUGGACGACAGUACGUGGGGUCAGCCAGAGGAGAGUCAGAAUGCCCCCAAGUGGGAUGACGCCCUUGGAUGGGCUCAGAACAGUGGAGCACAGCCCGUGUCUAAUGUUCCUGAACCGCACACAGACUCUCUGUUCCCGACCCCCCAACCCCACUCUGGACAGAAGCGAGGAGAAGAUUGGAAGGCAUUCUUUGCGCGGCGCUGUGAGGAGAACAAGAGGAAGGAGGAAACAGAAACGCCAGCCCGGCAGCAGUCGCGUCAGAGCCGUGAGCGGGUAGCCAUGAACCACAGCAUUCCUGGCAAAUCCAGCACAGCCGUGGUAUUCGAAUGGCAACCUAAUGAUGAGUUUGGCGGAUUUUGUCAACGUGUCCGUCUCACAAAGGCUGAGAUACCAACAACUUGGAUGUCAUAUAGCACAUCUACCAGGGUAUACGACUCAUUCCGUAACCAGUGGGACUUGUGCGAUGUGUUGGACCCUUCUAGUGUUCCUGACGGCGAUUGGGAAGAGGAUCAUUUCCCCCUGGCCCUUGCUCCUUCUGAGCCUACCCCUGCUCCCCCUCCCCCUCCACCCCCACUGUCCAGCUUCAUGAGGGACAUCGAAACCUACUUCGGAUGUUAUGAGGUUGCACCCUCAGCGCAAUACACUCGUAAUGUUGAGCGAUUCAUGUCUAUUUUGCAUUUUCAUCUUGGUUAUCGCCUUGCAGCAUCCACCUCUACACCCAGAGGCAGAUCAACUACUUUCAAUGAUUGGACUCACAAAAUGCAGUGGGCUCACUUAUGCAAACUUGUGGGCGACGACCCCACAAAUAUCACAUCGAUUCCAGACACACAGAAGCAUGUCAUCACCUGUUUUAUAGGUUACCUCGUCACCCUCCCUCAAUCUCAGUUGUCAGACAUCCCACCCGAUCUCUGGGAUCUAGGACCCAACUCAUCCUUGUCAGUUUUGAAUGCACACAUUCGAGUUUCCUAUGCACAACAACCCAAGCAACGGUUUUACAUCAUCGAGCUGCUGUCAUCAAAUCUGGUGCCCUGGAAACUGGCGGUUCCCGACGCUAUCACGGUUGUGAUGUGCCUCCGGCAUGACUGGGGUUCGGAUAUCACCAAGAUCGUGUGCAACCUCCUUGAAAAAGGAAUUGCUAUAAAGAUGUUGCAGCCAAUCUCAGUUCCACCUCACGCUUGGCACCCACUUAUGGAACUCCAUACAUACUCGCUCGGACACGUCUUCUCCCCCAAGGAUCGCAGGCUUCCUCAUUUCAGGCCUGUUUAUGCCGACUAUAUCGUGUACAAACAACACCGUCACAAGUUCAUGAACCAGCCUUGUGCAAGAGUGGCACUUCUUCACGGUGGGCUCAUAUGGCGGCUGGCUUUACAUAGUCUCAGUUUCAAUGUCCUCCCCUCCGUUCUCGACGGCAUUUCACGGCAAGCAGUGCCGUUUGGCCUGAUGCUGGACAUUAAUGGCCAGACUUAUUUUGACGAUGAACUGUCGGAAGAGGAGGUGGAUUUUAUGUGCGGGAUGUAUCAUGUGCAUACCAAUGAUGGGAAUGUUGAAAUCGUCUCUUGGUGGCCUAGACCCCAGGCCUGGGCUGUCUCAGGACUUAAUGUGGGGUUCUGGUCCAGUCAAUGUGAAUCUUGGUUCCAGUCAUGCCUGGACAACAUUCGACAGGGUGUUUCACGCAAGCGACAUAAAUCCACUAAUGAUGCUAACAGUCCAAUGACCGGUACACAGUGGAAAGGCUCACUGAAGUUCAACCUGGGCACCAGUAAAAUGAUGAAAAAUGUCAACGCAGCAUGUUGCAGUUUUCUUGACACCAAAGCAAGUGCGUUUACAGAGAAUUAG